GACGCCUUCGGCUUCAAGGAGCAGAAAUACGAGGAGACCCGGGCGCGCUUCGAGCUGCAGGGCGACGUGCUCGUGAGCAGGGCCAACUCCAGGCGCUUCCACGUCGGCCCCUUCGAAGUCCUGUCGCUGGAGGACCUGCGGCGCCGCCUGGCGCCGCCGGACGGGGCCGAGGCCACGGCCGACGCGGCACCGGCACGCCCUGGCGGCGGCCUGGUCUUCAGCAACGUCGUGGGGGACGCUCGGGAGCUGCACGCCAAUCCCGACAACGCCAGCGCCGUGUUCCAGGUGGCCUCGCAGUUCAACUGCCUCGAGAUGAACGAGCCCGGGGCGCGCCCCGAGGACGGCGUCACGCGGUACAGUUCCGACGCCACGCAGGGGCCAGCGUGCGCCCUCGCUUGUCCGGGCGCGACGGUGUUCCGGAACUACUUCGUCAACGGCAGGGGCCAGGGCGGCAAGAACCAGCUGGACUGCCUGUCCCGAAGGGAGGGCUACUGGCGGAUGGCGAACGGCUACUGCCUGCCCGCCAAGCCCGGCAGCAUCGCCCGGGUGAGCAGGGCCGUGGAGGCGGACGCUGCGCUGGCCGAGGCCGUGCGCCGCCGCACGCAGGUUGGCAUCCACUGGGACACGGAGGUACGUGGAGGCAGGCACCGCGUGAGCCAGGUGUUCUGUUCUGCGCUGCCCGUGGCGUACGGCAAGAGCACCCCGUCCAAGGACUGGCAGCCCUUCGCGCAGUGCGUGCUCGACGCGGCGUUCGACGCCACCCUCGCCGCCGGCGCCGUCCUGGCCGCCCGCCGCGGCGCGCGCGUGAAGGUCUACCUCACGCCCGUCGGCGGCGGCGCGUUCGGGAACCGCUCGCAGUGGAUCUGCGACGCGCUGCGGAGGGCGCUGCAGAGCCACGCCGCACAGCCCCUGGACGUCAUGCUGGUCAGCUUCGCCACGCUGCCGCGGGGCCCCUACGUGGCGCUGGAGCGGGGCUGGGCCGCCUCCGGGCCGGCGCCCGGCCGGCAGCCGAGCGCCUCGCCGGCGGCCGCCGAGCGGCCUGCAGCGCCGCGCCCGAGGCGCGCGGCGGCGGGCGCGGCCGCGCCGGCGACGCGCCGCGGCGGCGGCCCGCUGGCCGAGGAGCUGGUGGCGGCGAUCGCGGCGCUCGACGCCGGCGGACACGGGCUCGUCGACGAGCGGGAGCUGGCGGCGGUGCUCGGCGGCGUGGAUCCGGAGCGGUUCCCGCCCGAGAGGGCGCGGGAGCUGUUCCAGGCGGCGGACGCCGACCACGACGGGUUCGUAAGCUGCGCGGAGUUCGCGGCGUGGGUCUGCGGCGAGGGCUCCGGGGUGGCUGGCGCCACGCUCGGCCGCCAGCCCGCGGGGCCAAGCGGCAGUCAGCCCGAGGAGGGACGACGUCGGGGUGGUGUGGUGUAUAAUUAGUUGUUUCCCCGUUUCCCUGGGGAGAUGACGAUAGUGUAUACACCAGGACCCGCUUUCCUGUGCGAGUUUCAGUGCAGG